AUGCCCAAAUAUGUGAAGUUCUUAAAGGAAACCCUUAGCCACAAUAGGAAGUUAGAGGACUUGGCGAUCGUGACCUUAAAUGAGGAGUGUUCAGCUAUACUUCAGAACAAAUUGCUAGAGAAGCGUGGUCCAUGGAGUUUUACUAUCCCUUGUGUGAUUGGUGAUUUGACAAUUAGUAAUGCUUUAGCUGACUUAGGAGCUAGGAUUAAUUUAAUGUCAUACAAUUUGUUUACCAAGUUGGGGUUGGGUGAGAUGAAACCCAUUAGGAUAAGCAUAGAGUUAGUUGAUAGGACUGUUAAGUAUUCUAGGGGUACUGUGGAGGAUGUACUUGUUAAGGUUGGCAAAUUUAUAUUUCCUAUUGACUUUAUGAUCAUGGACAUGGAUGGUGAGAGUAACAUACCUUUAAUUUUAGGUCGACCUUUCCUUGCAAUGUCUAGGGCUAUUAUAGAUGUUUGUGAUGGGAAGAUUAAACUUAUGGUAGGGGAUGAAAUUGUCACUUUUGAUUUGAAUAAUUCUAUGAGACAGUCCUUAGAUCAUGAUGAUACUAUAUUUUCUGUUGAUUUACUUGAUGAUGUUAUUGAUAUACAGUUGCAGGAAAUAUUGCUUAAUGAUCCCUUACGAGUUGCCUUGCAGGCAGAGGAUGAGCAUGAGCUAUCCAAUGAGAGUGUGUUGGAGCAGCUUGCAUUUUUGUUAGCUAAUGAACCAAGCAAGAAUACUGAUAAGUUUAUUGAGAUUGACAGGGUAGGUGCAGAAAUUGAGGCUGCCAUUAUAGGAACAACAAGUCCUUGA